GAAAACUUUAUUGAUUAUCAAAGAAUAAAUUUCAUUUCAGUAACAACGUGUUCGGAAAAAUUAUUUUGUAAACAUUUGUACACUGCAAACACUUGCCAUUCAAAUGCGGCCUGGCAAAACGAAAAUAAGCCAUCUGGUGCUCCAGUCCAUAAUCGUCAUGGGUGGCUCCGCACCCAAAAAGGUGAUCCUGAAGGCGGUGAGCACCACUGCCAGCACCCAGGUGAGGAAAGUAAUCGGCCCAGUUAACAAGGCCCUCAAUGAGUUAAUCAGGAAGAGUAAAAUCCGCAAACAGGAGGAUAACUACUACAUUAAUACGGCAAGCACUACAAGAAAGACAAAGUACAAGAGACCAUUGAGAGUUUCGUCCAGGGAACUAUUUGAAUUUUAUACCUAAGAGGGAUUGCUGAUUAUACGAAAUGCAGCAUUUCUUAUGUAAAUUUUGGAAUUUCCAUAUUUUAACAAAUUUUAGUACUGCAUGAUUUUGUGGCCUCGCACCAAAUUGAAUACUUUUUGUUGCCACUUUUACAGCCUGAAAUGCUAAAACUGAAUAUUUCAAGAAAUUCGGCUGUGUUAUAUAUUUAUGCAUUUAUUUGAUUGCAAAAACGUAAAUUUAUAAGUGAUUGUCCUUUCAGGCUUCCAACUACUUUCGUACGAAAAAUAAAUUAAUAAUUAAA